UCUGUAUUCUGUAUCCAGCAAAGAUAGAUUUUAGCCAAUUCCUUCCUCUUUCUGCUGCAAAUUUAACUCACGUCACUCACAGCAGCACAAUUUCACAUUUAAUUGGCAUUAGCUCGCGUGUAACUGUCUCCAGUUUCACACCUGACCUCACCCCCUCGUCGUCGCAACUAACAGCUGACUUCACUCCAAGCGGAGACGAAGGAAUUGGCUUAAUCGACGAAAUCUUUCGAAAAUUGAAAUUGAAAUUUAAUUUAGCUUCAAAACAGUAAUAAUGGCAAUUACGGGGAACCGGUUUCAGUGGGUGUGUCGGCAAGCGUUGCGACGAAAUUUCUCCGUUUCAUCCACCCUUAGCUCAAAACAGUUAACGGUUCGGGAUGCUUUAAAUUCGGCCAUUGACGAAGAAAUGGAACGAGACGAGCGAGUGUUUGUUCUGGGUGAAGAGGUCGCCCAAUAUGAUGGUGCUUACAAGAUAACCCGAGGUUUGUGGAAGAAAUACGGCGACAAACGUGUGAUUGACACGCCCAUUACGGAAAUUGGGUUCGCCGGAAUUGCGACAGGGGCUGCCUUCGCCGGAUUAAGACCUAUCUGUGAAUUUAUGACUUUCAACUUUGCUAUGCAAGCAAUCGAUCACCUUAUCAACUCUGCCGCGAAGACUUUCUACAUGUCAGCUGGGGUGGUAAAUGUCCCGAUUGUAUUUCGAGGACCGAAUGGUGCUGCAUCCGGCGUGGGGGCACAACACUCGCAAUGUUUUGGCGCAUGGUACGCCCAAUGUCCAGGACUCAAGGUCAUUUCUCCUUAUUCAUCUGAAGAUUGUAGAGGACUACUCAAAGCUGCAAUUCGUGACCCGGAUCCGAUUGUAUUCCUCGAAAAUGAAAUCAUGUACGGUACCGCCUUCGAAGUAUCGGAUGAUGUCCUCUCCAAAGAUUUUGUCAUUCCCAUCGGAAAGGCAAAAGUUGAACGGUCCGGGAGUCAUGUGACCCUAGUCAGCCACUCCAGAGGUGUUCAGUCCUGUUUGGAAGCAGCUAAGGAAUUAACGGGAAGCGGGAUUGAUGCCGAAGUUGUUAAUCUUCGCUCUUUGAGGCCUCUAGAUAUCGACACGGUCUGUACUAGCUUGGCGAAAACACAUCACCUAGUAACUGUGGAACAGGGGUGGCCCAUUGCCGGAAUCGGAUCCGAAGUUUCUGCCAGAGUUUGUGAAAGUAACGCAUUCUUCCAAUUGGACGCCCCCAUCUUGCGAGUUACUGGUGCAGAUAUCCCUAUGCCAUAUGCAAAAACUUUGGAAUCCUACUGUGUUCCGCAGCCUCACGAUAUUGUGAGAGCAGUUAAGCUAAUGUUGAACAUCAAAUAGUUAUUAAAACCCAUAAGCUUUAGAAUACUGCCUCAAGAGAAUCAAUAAAUGUAAUAACGACAGACAUGAAAAGUAGUGGUGAUGAUGUAUCUAUAUCCUUAUAUAGCUCUCGUAAAAUUUGAAACCCGUGAAGGAAAGUUGUGAUUAGGACAAACAAAAGAAAUAAUGUUAAUUAAAAAAUGGCAGUGAAACUAAUGGCACAUUUUAUUGAUUCUUUUGGUUGUUUAACCAGAGUGUCUCCGUCAUUUCCUUCGGCCACAUUAAAAUUAUAACACUACAAGGAAGCAGUCUAGUCGGCCGUAGAAAAAAAUGUGUUUGUUCUUGCCUUUGUUAUGUAAAGUUUUAAGUCGACCCUGCUAAAUAUGUAAUGUUUUAACCAGAAUAUUUUUGACUUCAUCUUGUUCUGUUCAAUUCAAUAAAAUAAUCGGGUGGAGGAUCGAUACGCAGCUAUUAUAUUAUAUAAGUAAUCCUAAAUCUUCCUAAUUCCAAUAGUAUGAAGCGUAAACUGGCUGAUAAAAAAAUACAUGUGAAUUUAAUAUAUAAUAUGUCCUCAGUGACGAAUAAACUAGAUACAAAAGUGGAUAUGAA